AUGGCGGAUUCUAGUUUAGAGAAGGGCCCCGAGGUGCCUGCAGCAGAGGCCCCCAACGCCGCACAGCCAAGUGUUCCCGAAGGCGGCCUCCAGGCAUGGCUGACAGUCGCGGGUGCAUCGGUCGCUCUGUUUGUCUCAUUCGGCUGGGUCAACUGCAUUGGACUCUUCCAGGCUGAGUACGAGACGAACCAGUUGAAGGACUUCUCGAGCUCGGAUGUAUCCUGGAUCACGUCCAUGGAAUUUUUCUUCAUGCUUUUCACUUCUCCCGUGGCGGGCAAGCUGUUCGACAGCUAUGGUCCGCGCGUGCCUAUUGCGAUCGGAUCGGUCUUGCAUGUCUUUGGGCUGAUGAUGGCCAGUCUCUCCUAUAAGUACUAUCAGUUCAUGCUGAGCCAGUCUGUGGUGUCUGGGAUUGGUUCUUCGUUGAUCUUCACCCCGGCGAUGACUGCACCCCUAAUCAGAAAACCCAAGCCCCAGACCUGGUUCCGCCAGAAGCGGGGUCUCGUUGGGGGUUUGACGGUGGCAGGAUCGUCGUUGGGCGGCGUCACUUUUCCGCUGAUGGUGCAGCAUCUGCUGCCGCAGGUGGGCUUUGGCUGGACGAUGCGGAUCUGCGCCUUUCUGAUCCUGGCCUGCUGA